GUGUGAGAGCAUCGACGGCGGUGCCCGGAGGAGAUGCGAGCUCUAGUCGUGCCCAGGAGGCUCGCGCAGCAGCUACGGCGGCGAUGCCACCACCACCGCCCCAGAACCCGGUGGUGGCGCAACCAGGAAGAACGGUGGGACAAGGAGGAGCAACACCGCAAGCAAUGGUGCCAGCCCUUGGCCAGCAGGUGGUGAUGACCAGACAGGAGAUGCAACAAAUGGUGGCGGAGACAGCUGUGCAGGCAGUGCAACAAGUCACAAAUAGUCUCUCUCGAGCUACCACGGUACCAACCACUGUUGCGGGGUCACGCCAAAAUGCAGAAGAGGAUGAAUCCAGCUACGGCAGAGGUGGGCCCCCACAGGAUCGAGAAAUGAAGAGAAUGGCUGAGCAAAUGCGUCAAUUGCAGGCCAAGGUGGAUGGUCGAACGGAAAGAUGCACUCGAGGACACCCGUUCUCGACGGACAUACUAGCCGCGCCCUUGCCAGCCAGCUUCAAGGAUACCAACUUGGUGUUCGAUGGGACUUCUGACCCGUCGACGCAUGUUUGGACGUUCGAAAAUAUUGCUGUGUUACAUGGAUAUACUGACCCCGUUAGUUGCAGGGCAUUCUUAUCGACCUUGAGAGGAGGAGCCCUCGAUUGGUUCCAACAGCUCCCUCCAGGCUCGAUUGCAGACUUUGAGGAUUUUGCGGAGAAGUUGACGAACCAAUAUUCGAGUACGGUGGCUCAGGAGAAGACGUACUUAACCCUGAUGGCGAUGAGGCAAGGCGAGAAGGAGUCACUGCGCAAAUAUGUAGCCCGAUACAACCAGGCCUGCUUGGAAAUCCCGUCGGCGGUCGAUGAGGUCAAGGCGAGAGGGUUGAUUAGAAGUUUACGAGCGGGGCCAUGUCGGACGUCUCUGGCCAAGACCCCGACUCGUACUUAUGAUGAGGUGUUGAAAAGGUGCAGGAAAUAUAUUAACCUCGAGGAGACCGAGGUGGAGUUUGCCAAACUCGAGGAGUUAGGUCGUGUGGAGCCAAAGAAGGAGAAGGCAGUUUCGCCCAAAAGGAGAGCUUCGCCCAGGAGGGAGGGGCGAGCUAAGCAGGAUCGAGGAUGCAAAGACAGAUGGAAGGAUCGGCCUAUCUAUGGAGGAAAGAGAUUCCAUGAUUAUACCCCGUUAAAUGCGAAGGUGGCCGAAGUCUUGAUGGCCAUGGAGAAGGGGAUAGAUGGGAAAGAUGUGACGUGGCCAAGGUCGAGGUUCGAGGGGCCAACUCAGCCUAAGUCGAGGAGAUAUUGCCGCUUCCACAAAGACUAUGGCCAUACCAUCGAGGAUUGUCGACACCUCAAAGACGAAAUCGAGCGCCUUAUCCGAGCAGGGCAUCUCAAGGAGUUC